UAAAAUCAAAUUUGUGCCAUUACAUUUGUCUUGAUACAAAUUAGCUUUUGAGGUGAAUGAGAGCAGAGCCGAGGUAAUGCUAACCAUUCUGGCUAGCUAGCUAAAUGUUGGCUAAUGUUAGUAAUCACAAUGAGGAAGUGUGAAAAUGUGUAACUAGUUAGUUAUGAUGAUCAUAUUUUGCCAGGGCUUUUAACAUUGUACAUUAUCCACAUAAGUAGCUAAUUUACAGGGUAUUUCAAUAUGUUCUUACGGCCCCGGGUUUAUUAAACUAGCAUCUGUUGUAGCUAAGCAGCUAGCAUGCCAUCUAGCUAAAACUAUUAGCAACCUAGUUAGUUAAUAACAAUCGGUCAAACGCUUGAUUUUGACAGCUGUCGAAUGGCUCCUGCUCGCUGUCAGAUGCCACGCAUUGUUUGUCAGUCUCAGCUCCUUUACUAAACCUUUGAAAACUAGCUAACUAGUUGUUAAAAAAUAGUGAUUCAUUUACAGCAACUUGUAUCUUUGGUGAAUAACUGACUUAAUGCUAACGUUAGAUGCAAAGGCAGUCUGUGUUGAGGCAACAUUUGCAUUAUGACAGCUGGCUGUUGACUGCCAGUUAUUGCCAUAACACAGCAAUUAGGCCUUACUGUGAGCAUACUCGGUUAAUAUAUUUGUUCCCAAAGGGCCACAGAUCUGGUGGUCAUGAUGCAGUACUAACACAGUUCCUACACCAUUUGAAUGUAGGUAACACAUUUUAUUCAUGCACCUCAAACUAUAACAUUUUAGCCAACAUUACUCUAUCAUGGUUUGACAUACAUCUAAUCUCAGAGUAGUGACUUUUAGUCCCAGGGAAUUUGGGGGUCCUGUCAAAUGAACCACCACCACACAGCACUGCAAUUUAGAAACUUGUCCAGCCAAGUGUGACAGGGAGGUGGGCAGCAACAUUUUUCUUCCACCUGUCAUUGUUCUCUUUGCCCAUCCAGACGGCCUCUCAACAGGCAUUGUGCUCUCUGCAUUAUCACUGUGGGAGCAGGGUGUGAUAACAUGGUUGUAGUAGUGGCAUUUAUUUUAUUUUAUUGUUCAUACAGUCUAACUUUACAUUGAUGUCUAUAGAGCUAACUUGUGCAGAAAAAAGUAUUAAUACUGUGUGUUAAUGAUGAUGGAUGAAAUGGAGUCAACGCACUGACUGCUACAGCACCAUUCAUAUUGCAUCAACAUGUGAGACACAUUGCCAAAACUCAUCAUAUUGUUCUAAAGUUGGGGGGGUUCAGUGAAAUAAGAGACAAAUGCUUUUGUUUUUACUUUCAAAGCCUGCUACUUUCAGUGCUGCUUUUUAGUAUAGAGUAGUGUUUCUUUUGUUUUUGUGGGAAGACCUUUCACAUAAAGGAUAAAGUGGAAUUCAACAACAGGAAAUGGAUAGUGCUGUGCGCUGCAGGGCUGCAGACUGAGAUUCUGUAGACCCCAGAGGACACCACCAGUCAGGCUGGCUGAUUGAGAGAACCGACAAUUUGGAUCCAAGAUGACGGACUCCAAGUAUUUCACCACUACAAAGAAAGGAGAGAUCUUUGAGCUGAAAGCUGAGCUGAACAGCGAUAAGAAGGAGAAGAAGAAGGAGGCUGUGAAGAAGGUCAUUGCCUCCAUGACCGUUGGGAAAGAUGUCAGUGCCCUGUUUCCAGAUGUGGUGAACUGCAUGCAGACUGACAACCUGGAGCUGAAGAAGCUAGUCUACCUGUACCUGAUGAACUAUGCCAAGAGCCAGCCCGACAUGGCCAUCAUGGCUGUCAACACCUUCGUCAAGGACUGUGAGGACCCUAACCCCCUGAUCCGGGCCCUGGCUGUGCGUACUAUGGGCUGCAUCCGCGUGGACAAGAUCACUGAGUACCUGUGUGAGCCUCUGAGGAAAUGUCUGAAGGACGAAGACCCCUACGUGAGGAAGACUGCAGCUGUGUGUGUGGCCAAGCUCCAUGACAUCAACGCCCAGCUGGUGGAGGACCAGGGCUUCCUAGACACCCUCAAGGACCUCAUCUCUGACUCCAACCCUAUGGUGGUUGCAAAUGCUGUGGCAGCCCUGUCUGAGAUUGCAGAGUCCCACCCCAACAGCAACCUGCUGGACCUGAACCCCCAGUCCAUCAACAAGCUGCUGACGGCCCUCAACGAGUGCACCGAGUGGGGUCAGAUCUUCAUUCUGGACUGCCUGGCCAACUACACCCCUCGCGAUGACCGCGAGUCCCAGAGUAUCUGUGAGCGGGUGACCCCCCGUCUGUCCCAUGCCAACUCUGCGGUGGUGCUGUCGGCGGUCAAGGUGCUGAUGAAGUUCAUGGAGAUGCUUCCUAAGGACCUGGACUACUAUGGCACCCUGCUGAAGAAGCUGGCCCCGCCCCUGGUCACCCUGCUGUCUGCAGAGCCCGAGCUGCAGUACGUGGCCCUGAGGAACAUCAACCUCAUCGUACAGAAACGCCCAGAAAUUCUGAAGCAUGAGAUGAAGGUGUUCUUUGUGAAGUACAACGACCCCAUCUACGUCAAGCUGGAGAAACUGGACAUCAUGAUCCGCCUGGCAUCUCAAGCUAACAUCGCCCAGGUGCUGGCAGAGCUGAAGGAGUAUGCCACUGAGGUGGAUGUGGACUUUGUGCGGAAGGCAGUCCGAGCCAUCGGCCGCUGUGCCAUCAAAGUGGAGCAAUCAGCGGAGCGCUGUGUGAGCACCCUGCUGGACCUCAUCCAGACCAAGGUCAACUAUGUGGUGCAGGAGGCCAUCGUGGUCAUCAAGGACAUCUUCCGCAAGUACCCAAACAAGUAUGAGAGUGUGAUCGCCACGCUGUGUGAGAACCUGGACUCCCUGGAUGAGCCGGAGGCGCGGGCAGCCAUGAUCUGGAUCGUAGGAGAGUAUGCUGAGAGGAUCGACAACGCUGACGAACUGCUGGAGAGCUUUCUGGAGGGCUUCCACGACGAGAGCACCCAGGUGCAACUGCAGCUGCUGACAGCCAUAGUGAAGCUGUUCCUGAAGAAACCCACUGAGACUCAGGAGCUGGUGCAGCAGGUGCUGAGCCUGGCCACACAGGACUCUGACAACCCGGACCUGCGAGACCGUGGCUACAUCUACUGGCGUCUGCUCUCCACUGACCCUGUGGCUGCCAAGGAGGUGGUGCUGGCCGAGAAGCCUCUGAUCUCAGAGGAGACUGACUUGAUUGAGCCCACCCUGCUGGAGGAGCUCAUCUGCCACAUCGGCACGCUGGCCUCCGUCUACCACAAGCCUCCCAGCGCCUUCGUGGAGGGCAGCCGCGGAGUGAUGCACAAAAGGCUCCCUGCACGCACUGGAUCAGGAGAGGGUACGGAAUGCCCAGAUGUGGGCAAUGCUGCUGGGGGCUCUGCCCCUGAAGCUGCCCCCUCUAUCAUCCCCUCCCAGGGAGACCUCCUGGGGGACCUUCUCAACCUGGACCUGGCACCCCCCACCACCACCGGUCCCACCCCCUCCACCUCCGGCAUGCAGAUGGGGGGCAUGGAUCUCCUUGGUGGAGGUCUGGAGAGCCUGAUGGAUGAGUCUGAACCGCCACACGUUCCCCUGCGGACGGACCCUCCACAGUCUCCGUCACCUCAGCCCCCGUCGCCAGUGUACACCCACACUGACUACACCUACACUGACUACAGUCACACUGACAGCCCCCCUGACCACAGCUCUACUGAGCACAGCCCCCCUGCUGAGCUUGGAGGAGAUAUUGGUGGGAGUCCUGCGAUGGGAGCUGGUUUUGGCGCAGCUCCCGCUGUGAUGCCAGCCUCUCUAAACGCUCCUGUGGGAGGCGGCCUUGGAGACCUCUUUGACCUCGGAGGGGGGGUUGGCAUGCCGAUGGGAGCAUACAUUCCACCCAAGACAGUGUGGCUCCCAGCCAUGAAGGCUAAAGGUCUGGAGAUCUCUGGGACCUUCGCCCGGCGUGCUGGAGUCAUCCAGAUGGAGCUGGUCCUCACCAACAAGGCCAUGAGCGUCAUGACUGACUUCGCCAUCCAAUUCAACAGGAACAGUUUUGGACUGGCCCCUGCCGGCCCACUCCAGGUCCUCACCCCUCUUGGCCCAAACCAGACCAUUGAAGUCAGCCUCCCCCUCAGCACUGUUGGGCCAGUCAUGAAGAUGGACCCUCUCAACAACCUGCAGGUGGCUGUGAAGAACAACAUUGACGUCUUCUACUUCAGCUGCCAAUACCCCAUUAGCAUGCUGUUUGUGGAAGAUGGAAAGAUGGAGCGACAGGUGUUCCUGGCCACAUGGAAAGACAUUCCUAACGACAACGAGUCUCAGUUCCAGAUCCAAGACUGUCAUCUCAACUCAGAGGCAGCCAGCAACAAGCUGCAGGGCAGUAACAUCUUCACCAUAGCCAAGCGCACGGUGGAGGGCCAGGACAUGCUUUACAUGUCCAUCAAACUGUCCAAUGGCAUCUGGGUGCUGGCUGAGCUGAAGGUGCAGGCUGGAAACCCCAACUACACGAUCUCUCUGAAGUGCAGAGCCCCAGAGGUGUCCCAGUGUGUGUUCCAGUGCUACGAGGCAGUGCUGAAGAACUGAACCCCUGACAGGGCUGAAGUAGGGGGGAAUCCUGAGGCAUGGGGAAUCCUGAGGCAUGGGGACUGGCCCUGACUGGAGGGCGUUCCUGGACCCCCGACCUACAGGCUUCUGAAAGGCCCUUUUUUCUUUGUAGAAUCUCCAAACCUGCUGUCUGUGUGCCCUCCCUGGGGACCCUGGUUUCUGUUUGUUCUCUGUCUGUCACCCAAACAUUUACCCUCCUCCACUCUACAAGUCCUUAUCUGAUUCAAACUAUGUCCAUUUUUAAAACUGCUGAGGUCUCUGGCCCACAUGAUCCCAAAGCUUUUUCUAUAGACCCAUUUUUUUUCACUCACGUCAAUAGUUGGGACCGGCCUUUGACUUCACCUUCACCUGUGGUUGUAUGUGGGUGGGUGUUUCCCAUUAACCCACCCAGUCAAGUCUGAUUUCUAUGAGACAUCACUACCCAGUCAGAUCUCCCUUAUAAGAUGGCUUAACCCCAGUUCAACCCCUGCUGCUCUGAUCCAGUCCACCCACCUCCCAUGAGCCUCUAGUCUGAGGGACACCUGGGCGAUGUGUUCAGACCGUGCUGUUAGAGGAGGAGGCUGUGAUGCGAUUCUUGCUCGUUGUGACUGUUUCUCCUUAUCUCCCCCGAUGCCUCCUCUUCUCAUGAUUAUCUCACCUCGCAUCUCUGCAAAUUAGUACCUAUAUUUAGUGUGUGUGUAAUUAGCAGUUCAAUCUCCGCUGUCAGCAUACCUCAGUGCUUCACAUUAAAAUGUGACAGUACAGACUGUUUUUCCACAUCUCUGGGCUGUGAAACACCUGCUGUGUUGCUGUUCUGUCACCUCACAACUUCCUCUCAACGUCUCCACACACAUGCUCUCUCAGACGCGUUCCUCCUUUUUUGUUUUAAAGUGAAUUUGAUGUCCCAGCUAGUAAAAG